AUGGCGUCAAAACUCGUGCCACAGCUGAUACGUCAAGCCACAAGGACAGCUACCAGAGCUCCUCGAAGACAGCUGCUCCAUCCUAGACAAUUCUCAACCUCACCGUCGUCACGGAGUGAAACUCUCGCAGUGCAUCGGAACACUCCCGAAAAUAACCCCUCCAUCCCCUUCAAAUUCAACGACACAAACCUGCGCCUCAUCGACGAGAUCACCAAACGCUACCCACCACAGUACAAGAAAGCGGCCGUUAUGCCUCUUCUGGAUCUGGGCCAACGCCAACACGGCUACACCUCGAUCAGCGUGAUGAACGAAGUUGCCCGCAUCCUCGAGAUGCCGCCCAUGCGUGUUUACGAGGUCGCAACCUUUUAUACCAUGUAUAACCGCAAUCCUGUCGGGAAAUAUUUCGUGCAGGUGUGCACCACCACGCCGUGCAUGUUGGGAGGAUGUGGCAGCGACGUGAUCAUGAAAGCAUGCGAAGAGUUUCUGGGCAUUCAUUCGGGACAAAUGACCGAAGACAAACUCUUCUCUCUCCUCGAAGUUGAAUGUCUGGGUGCUUGUGUCAAUGCACCCAUGGUGCAGAUCAAUGAUGAUUACUACGAGGAUCUCACGCCAGAGACGAUUGUGCAAUUGUUACAGGCGCUGAAGGACUCGGCCACUAUUAGCGGAUAUGAUGUGUCAAAGAUCCCGAGGCCGGGACCACAAGUCUACGAAGGGAAACAGAGAAUGACGUGCGAGCCGAGGGCCGGGCAGACCGCAUUGCUGAGUGAGCCAUAUCAUAGUAAAGACGUCCUGAGGGCAGAUGGGGAGCUCUAA